AUGAGGAUUUUAGGUUUUUUCUUCGCAUUUGCAGCUGCAAUUGAUGAAAUGCUGCUUAUGAUGAUGCUGCAGCACCAGCAAGGAGUGAUGAACCCUUCCCAGGCUAGCCAAAUCAAUCACAUUCUCCCACUUCUUCUCAUGGAAGAAACAAGUGCGAGCUCGGAGAACUCAGAGCUGAUGCUCAUGUUGAUGAUCCAGGGAAUGGGAAGUGAUGUGAACAAUGCUCUUCCUUUCUUGCUUCUUGGCGACUCGGGUGAUGAUGGCUACGAUUUUACAACGUUCUUCUUGUUUUCGUCGAUGGCACAACGAGACUGCUCCGUUUCUACUUCAAAUCAAUUUAAUUCGCUUCUGCCAAUGAUGCUUAUGGAUAGAGACCAGGAUACCAGUGACUUGAUGCUCAUGAUGAUGAUGCAGGUUAAAUAA